UACAGCAGCAGAGAGGGCUUGUGCUGGGGACUGCAACCACAAAACCUGCUGGGUUGUAGCCACCAACAGGUCUAAGCUGCACAAAAUGCGUGAAAUUGUGCAUCUUCAGAUUGGCCAGUGUGGGAACCAAAUUGGAUCUAAGUUCUGGGAGGUGAUAAGUGAUGAACAUGGGAUUGACAUCGCUGGAAACUACUAUGGGGGUGCAUCACUGCAGCUUGAGCGAAUCAACGUCUACUUCAAUGAGGCUUACUCCCAUAAAUAUGUGCCCCGUUCUAUCCUGGUGGACCUGGAGCCUGGUACGAUGGACAGUGUACGGUCUAGCAAAAUAGGCCCACUCUUUCGACCUGACAAUUUUAUUCAUGGUAAUUCAGGUGCUGGGAACAACUGGGCUAAGGGCCACUACACAGAAGGCGCUGAACUGAUUGAAAACGUCAUGGAUGUGGUCAGGAAUGAGUGUGAGAGCUGUGACUGCCUCCAGGGAUUCCAGCUCAUCCAUUCGCUUGGUGGUGGCACAGGCUCAGGUAUGGGCACACUCCUCAUCAACAAAAUCAGAGAAGAAUAUCCUGACAGGAUUAUGAACACUUUCAGUGUUGUUCCUUCACCCAAAGUAUCCGACACGGUCGUAGAGCCAUAUAAUGCCAUCCUCUCCAUCCACCAACUAAUAGAGAAUACAGAUGAAACCUUUUGCAUUGACAAUGAAGCUCUAUAUGAUAUAUGUUUUAGAACUUUAAAGCUCACCAAUCCCACCUACGGUGACCUCAACCACUUAGUGUCCCUAACGAUGAGCGGUGUCACAACUUCACUCCGUUUUCCUGGCCAGCUGAAUGCAGAUCUGAGGAAGCUGGCUGUUAACAUGGUGCCCUUUCCUCGCCUGCAUUUCUUUAUGCCAGGCUUUGCUCCACUGACAGCUCGAGGUAGCCAACAGUACCGAGCCCUCUCGGUGCCAGAGCUUACUCAACAGAUGUUUGAUGCACGCAACAUGAUGGCAGCCUGCGACCCUCGUCGUGGACGUUACCUGACAGUGGCGUGCAUUUUCAGAGGCCGAAUGUCUACCAGGGAAGUGGAUGAGCAGUUGUUGGCUGUCCAGACCAAGAAUAGUUCCUACUUUGUGGAGUGGAUCCCUAAUAAUGUCAAAGUGGCUGUGUGUGACAUACCACCACGAGGCCUGAAGAUGGCAGCUACCUUUAUUGGCAAUAACACAGCCAUUCAGGAGCUCUUCAUCAGGGUUUCGGAACAGUUCUCGGCCAUGUUCAGAAGAAAAGCAUUUCUCCAUUGGUACACAGGUGAAGGCAUGGAUGAGAUGGAGUUUUCAGAAGCAGAAGGUAAUACCAAUGACCUUGUGUCUGAGUACCAACAGUACCAGGAUGCCACUGCAGAUGUUGAGGAAUAUGAAGAGGUAGAAGCAGAAGCCAGCCCUGAAAAGGAAGCACAAUAAAAACAACGGCAAGAUCAAAACAUUCUCCAAAUAAGCCUGUUAACACUCA